AUGCGAGCCUCGCCGGCGGUCCACGUUUUUGCCUUCGCAGACUCGGCGCAUCCGAACCUUUGCACUCUCGCGAGCUCGGUGGCCUCGGCAGGCGGAAGCCUCAAUGUGGUCGGCCUGGGCUACGAAGAGGAAAUGCCUUUCGGAGCAGUUCCCCGCGAGGCAUUGGACUCCAUCGCGGAGGCCUUGGCCGAGCAGGGCAAGGCCUGGUACUGA